AUGCGUUCCAUCCUUCCGAUCAUUAUCUCUGCCCUGGCGGCCGGCGUAGCAGCCCAGGUCACCCUGACCCCUACAACAAUCUGCAAGGGCGCCACAUGCACCACCUGCCCCGUCACCGAGACCGAGACCAAGACUAAGACGGCGACCGAGACCGCCACCUUCGUCUCCGUCCAGACCACCACCGCGACGACCACCCAGACGACCACCCAGACGACCACUGCGACGGUCACCUCGACCUCCACCGUCGUCCAGACCACCACCUACACCACUACGCAGACGACGACGAAGCCCUGCGACCCCCCGGCCAACUGCCCGACCGUCACCUCCACCGGCACCGUCUGCGGCACCUGCCUCGUCGCCGGCUGCACCACCACCUCCGUGCUGACGAAGUCCGGCGGCUGCAAUGUCGCGACGGCGUCGGUCAGCUUCCCGUGCAACCAGGCGAACGUGUGCAACAAUAUCGGGUGCAAGACUGUGUAUGCUAUCCAGACGGCCUGAGGGAGCUGAUUGAGGGGGCGGAAGGAGCUGG